CACCACAACCCCAAUCACUACAUCAUUUAACCUAUCCAUGAUCCAUCCAGCAAAAUGCACACCACCAGCACCACCAACUGGGUCCUCUCCACCCCGGAACUCCUCGAACUAAUCCUCCUCCACCUGGACCUCCGCACCCUCCUCACCUGCGCCCCCCUCGUCUGCCACUUCUGGAACACCCUCAUCCAGCAAUCCACCCCCCUCCAAGAAACCCUAUACUUCAAACCCAUCAAACCCAAACACCACCCCUCCAACGCCAAUGCAUCAAUCGCACGAACCCUCAAUCCACUCCUCGUAGAUUCCUUCCCCGCUAUCUUCCACCAGAAUGGGACUGUCUUCCCUCAAAAUAAAGAACCCUUCUCCCUAACGGAUCUGGAUAUGGUUCGACGGCCAGAGAAGAGAGAUAGUUAUCUCAGACCCGAGGCCAGUUGGCGCAGAAUGCUCAUUCAGCAACCUCCCGCGACGAAGUUGGGGGUGUUUAGUUGGUCGGGCGGGAUGUUCGGGUAUGGGUUUGUGUAUGAGGUUCAGGAACUCACCCCCACCGAGAGAUACGACGGCAUCCGCAUGGAAAUGCUCUUCAACCCGCUCAUCUUCCACCGCAACCUCGCACCCACAUUCAACCCAGCGAGUAUCUACUGGUGGGGCGAAUGUUCGAGUCCGUUGAUCCGACGACAUCUAAGUGAAGUGGGGGUUACGACGCUGCCGGAUGUGAUUCUGUGUAUGUGUGCCAUGGUGUCGUGUACGGAUCCGGAAUCGGAUUUUGAGAAUGAGGAGGUGGAGGUUGUGGAGGGGGUGAGGGGGUGGUUUCGGGGGAGGGGGAUGGAUGGGGGGUUGGAGGGAUUGGGGAAGCAGGGAGGGGGAGGGUGGGAGAAAAGUAUAUAUGAGAAACGGGGGUCGUGGGAUUAG